AGCGAAGAUGGCGGCGGAGAGGGAGCCUCCUCCGCUGGGGGACGCGAAGUCCACCGACUUUGAGGACCUGGAGGACGGAGAGGACCUGUUCACCAGCACUGUCUCCACCCUAGAGUCAAGUCCAUCAUCUCCAGAACCAGCCAGCCUUCCUGCAGAAGAUAUUAGUGCAAAUUCCAAUGGCCCAAAACCCACAGAAGUUGUGCUAGAUGAUGACAGAGAAGAUAUUUUUGCAGAAGCCACAGAAGAAGUUUCUUUGGACAGCCCAGAAAGGGAACCUAUCCGCUCCUCGGAACCUUCUCCUGCAGUCACACCUGUCACCCCAACUGCACUCAUUGCUCCUAGAAUUGAAUCAAAGAGUAUGUCUGCUCCUGUGAUCUUUGAUAGAUCCAGGGAGGAGAUUGAAGAAGAAGCAAAUGGAGAUAUUUUUGAUAUAGAAAUUGGUGUAUCAGAUCCAGAGAAAGUUGGUGAUGGCAUGAAUGCUUACAUGGCAUAUAGAGUAACAACAAAGACUUCUCUUUCCAUGUUCAGUAAGAAUGAAUUUUCAGUUAAAAGAAGAUUCAGUGACUUUCUUGGUUUGCAUAGCAAAUUAGCAAGCAAGUAUUUACAUGUUGGUUAUAUUGUGCCACCAGCUCCAGAAAAGAGUAUAGUAGGCAUGACCAAGGUCAAAGUGGGUAAAGAAGAUUCAUCAUCCACUGAGUUUGUAGAAAAGCGGAGAGCAGCUCUUGAAAGGUAUCUUCAAAGAACAGUAAAACAUCCAACUUUACUACAGGAUCCUGACUUAAGGCAGUUCUUGGAAAGUUCAGAGCUGCCUAGAGCAGUUAAUACACAGGCUCUGAGUGGAGCAGGAAUAUUGAGGAUGGUGAACAAGGCUGCCGACGCUGUCAACAAAAUGACAAUCAAGAUGAAUGAAUCGGAUGCAUGGUUUGAAGAAAAGCAGCAGCAAUUUGAGAAUCUGGAUCAGCAACUUAGGAAACUUCAUGCCAAUGUUGAAGCCUUGGUCUGUCAUAGAAAAGAACUUUCAGCUAACACAGCUGCCUUUGCUAAAAGUGCUGCCAUGUUAGGUAAUUCUGAGGAUCAUACUGCUUUAUCUAGAGCUUUGUCUCAGCUUGCAGAGGUUGAGGAGAAGAUAGACCAGUUACAUCAAGAACAAGCUUUUGCUGACUUUUACAUGUUUUCAGAACUUCUUAGUGACUACAUUCGUCUUAUUGCUGCAGUGAAAGGUGUGUUUGACCAUCGAAUGAAAUGCUGGCAGAAAUGGGAAGAUGCUCAAAUUACUUUGCUCAAAAAACGUGAAACUGAGGCAAAAAUGAUGGUUGCUAACAAACCAGAUAAAAUACAGCAAGCUAAAAAUGAAAUAAGAGAGUGGGAGGCAAAAGUACAACAAGGAGAAAGAGAUUUUGAACAGAUCUCUAAAACAAUUCGAAAAGAAGUGGGAAGAUUUGAGAAAGAACGAGUGAAGGAUUUUAAAACUGUUAUCAUCAAAUACUUAGAAUCAUUAGUACAAACACAACAACAGCUGAUAAAAUACUGGGAAGCAUUCCUACCUGAAGCCAAAGCCAUUGCCUAGCAAUAAGAUUAUUCCUGUUGAGAAGACCUUGGAUGUUUGUUCCAGUUAUGCUGAAUUCCACAGUUAAAUCAUUUAAAACCAUCUAAAUAAAACACUAUAUAUUUUAUGAAUUACA